GCUCUCCGUAUGGCAGCAAUAACAGCCCUCCUCUCAUAAGCACCCCCGCUCAAUGUUGAAACUAAGCAUAGGCAGCACUAUACUAUAUAUCGCACUUCUUUCCAGUAGUCACCUGCUUUUUACCCCAAGCCACCGCCCCUCAGUUAGCCACCAUACCAGUUGAGCCAGUCAUGAGUCCUGCCAAGGAGACGGACAGACAGGCAGGUGUGAACGCCGUGCCGUAGCCCGCGGUCUCAGGAACAACACCUGACGCGUGAACUCGCGUUAUUGGAACGAGCUGGAGAACGCCGGGGCCGACGUCUGCCAGGAGGGCCGGCCGGAUGACUCUCUUCCGGAAGCACGCAUGCUGAGGGUGGCCUGAGUGCGCGUGCUGCCAACCCCCACGCCCCCAAUGGGGAACACGGCCGGCAAGUUCCGCAAGGCGCUCAUCACCGGGGACGAGGCCCUGGCCUGCCAGAUAUAUGAGGGCCACCCCCAGUUCCGGGAGUCCCUGGAUCCCAACGCCUCCUACGGGGAUGCCUAUCAGCACAACACUGCGCUGCACUACGCCUCCAGGCACGCCAUGACUCAGCUGCUGAGGGCGUUCCUUUUCAACAAGGAGGGCAACCCCAACAAGCGCAACCUGCACAACGAGACGGCCCUGCAUUUGCUCUGCAUGGGGCCCCGCAUCCUGCUGCCGGAGGCGGCGCUGCUCCCGCGCCUGGCCCGGCCCCACGAGGACGAGCGGAGACGCCUCGAAUGCCUUCGCCUCGUCUUAGGCUGGACCGGCGCCAGGCUGGACCGCGGGGAGUACGAGCGGGCCGACGUCAACGGCGCCGACAACAAAAAGAACACGUGUCUGCACUACGCCGCUGCCUCAGGGAUGGUCACGUGUGUCGAGUUGCUGCUGAGGAGCGACGUGGACCUCUUUGCGGAGAACGAGAGCAAGGAGACGGCGUGCGACUGCGCCGAGCGGUGGCAGCACAGGGAUCUGGCCCUCCGCCUCGAGUCUCACAUGGUCUUCUCCCGAGGCCCCGAAGCCGAGGAUGUCCAAGUCCAGUGCGCCGCCCUGGACCAAAGAGUGCCGUAUGAGGGUCUGAGGCCGCAGGAUCUGCGUCGGCUGAAGGACAUGUUGAUUGUGGAGACAGCGGACAUGCUGCAGGCCCCCCUCUUCACUGCUGAGGCUUUGCUCCGGGCUCACGACUGGGACAGGGAGAAGUUACUUGAAGCCUGGAUGUCCAGUGCCGAAGACUGUUGCCAGCGGUCAGGGGUCCAGAUGCCCACUCCGCCCCCUACUGGCUACAAUGCCUGGGACACUCUGCCAUCUGCACGGACGCCCCGCACGACCAGGUCGUCUGUGACUUCGCCUGACGAGAUUAGCGUGGAUGAGGACAUGCCUUCAUGUGGCAUUUGCAUGUGCACCAUUUCAGUGUUUGAAGAACCAGUGGAUAUGGCCUGUGGACAUGAGUUCUGCAGAGCAUGCUGGGAAGGGUUCUUGAAUGUGAAGAUCCAGGAGGGGGAUGCACACAAUAUCUUCUGCCCAGCAUUUGACUGCUUCCAGCUGGUCCCUGUGGAGGUCAUCGAGAGCGUGGUUUCCCGGGAAAUGGACAAGCGCUAUCUUCAAUUUGACAUUAAGGCAUUUGUGGAAAACAACCCCUCUAUCCGCUGGUGCCCCAGGGCAGGGUGCGAGAGGGCGGUGCGACUGUCCCGGCAGGACCCAGGAAACAGCUCCUCGGAGCUGCUCAACCAGCCCUUGCUCCAGGCCCCUGCAGUGGAUUGUGGGAAAGGCCAUCUCUUCUGCUGGGAAUGUCUUGGAGAGGCCCACGAACCCUGUACCUGCCAAACGUGGAAGCAGUGGCUCCAGAAAGUGUCUGAGAUGCAUCCAGAGAAGUUGGCUGGUGUGAGCGCGGCUUACGAAGAUGCUGCCAACCUCCUGUGGCUGCGCACUAACUCCAAACCGUGUCCCAUCUGCAAGUCCCCCAUCCAGAAGAAUGAGGGUUGCAACCACAUGCAGUGUGCCAAGUGCAAGUACGACUUCUGCUGGAUCUGCCUCGAGGAGUGGAAGAAGCACAGCUCGUCCACGGGGGGCUACUACCGCUGCACGCGCUACGAGGUCAUCCAGCAGGUGGAGGAGCAGUCCAAGGAGCUGACGGCAGAGGCGGAACGCAAGCACAGGAGCUAUCAGGAACUUAACCGCUUUAUGCACUACUACACACGAUACAAGAACCACGAACACAGCUAUCAGCUGGAACGGCGUCUGCUGAAGACGGCCAAAGCAAAGAUGGAGCAGCUGAGCAGAGCCUUGGGUGGAUGGGAGGGCAGCCCCCCAGACACCACGUUCAUCGAAGAUGCCGUGCAGGAGCUGCUGAAGACACGUCGCAUCCUCAAGUGCUCUUACCCCUACGGCUUCUUUUUGGAGCCCAAAAGCACAAAGAAGGAAAUUUUUGAACUUAUGCAGACUGACCUGGAGAUGGUGACUGAGGACCUUGCCCAGAAAGUCAACCGGCCCUACCUCCGCACUCCCCGCCAUAAAAUCAUCCGCGCCGCCUGCCUGGUCCAACAGAAGAGACAGGAGUUCCUGGCAUCUGUGGCGCGGGGUGUGGCACCCAACGACUCUCCCGUGGCCCCCCGACAUAGCUCUGCUGGAGGAGUAUGGGACUCGGGCUUCACCUCCCAUGAGAGCUACGCUGACCUCCAGCGCAGGCGCAGGCAGAGGCAGCAUGGGGAGUCCUUCAUCCUACACAACAUCACCACUGGUUCUAAUGGGACCAGCACUUUGGAUCCUUGGGAGCGAGGCAGUGGCCGGAGACAUAGCCUCAGCAUACCUGCGUUCCAGGCCCUGAGCUCCUUGGAGGAGGACGACGCCCACAUGCUGCUGGCAAUCCAGAUGUCCCUGCAGGACUCCGGCCUUGCGGCAGCCGACGAGCCCCAUGAGCUCACUAGCAGCGAGGGCCCUCUGGGAGCUAUAGGCUCCUCAUCUCCUCCAAGACUAGACCCUGCGGCCCGCAACAUGGAAGCUACUUGGGCUGCGGGUUCCAGGGGCUUCUCUGAGCCCCUGAUGUGCAGCAGCCCCGUCAACAGUGAAGAUGCACCUGUAGAGCCACCAGGGGGCACCCUGUCCUCUGGAGAGGGUGACCACACCAAUCUCAGCUCUGCUACCAAUGCCUCCCUUCCAACUGGUGUCAUGACCCAUUCCAAUGAUGCUCAUUCAAGACUUGUCACAUCCAUCCCCUUCUCCUCUUCCUCAGCGGCUCCGUUGGGCCUGCAGGAGGCAGUCACUGCCGUCGAAGUGCCACAGCUGCUCCCGCUGCCCUCAGAGGAGUUACAGCAGCAACAAGCGGAAGGGUGCGUCCCCAGCCGAGACCUGGAGACAGUGCAGCUCACCCAUCUAGAAGCGGACUCUGAGAACGCCGAGGCCACGCAGCCCAUGCUGCCAGAUUGUAGGAGGACCCUCAGCGCUGCUGACAUCCCCAAAUGCGACUCGGAUUCUACCCCCCAUUCCAGCAGUGCCUCCUCUGACUGGGAAGAACAAGUGCACUUGGUCUGAAGGCUCUAAGUCCCCCUGAACCUCUGUACCUAAAAUCAGUGCAAAUGGCAAAAAAAGUGACAGCUAAAACUGCUACCUUUAGCCCAGCUGAGGUGUUUUUGUUGUAAUACUAAACAUUUUUUUUAAGGGAAAGGCAUUCUUUUGUAUUGCAACUACCCCCUCCCCCCAGUUCACAGUACUGUACACAACUGUCGUGCCAGGAGCUGAAUAGAGGAGUGAGAAUAGUGGCCAUAUUUUAAAAGUAUGCAAAUGAUGCCAUUUUUCUGAAAUCUCAAGUACGAAACAGCGAGCAAUAUGGGACUUCAUUCUUUGUGUGAAAACCUAGCUGUGGUGCUUUGAUCCUGCAGUCCAGCAGUGCCUUGCUGGGGUAAAGGAGUGUCCUCUCAGGGACUGUUUGUAGCCACGACACGUUCAGCUGUCCUUAAAUAGUGGAGGGAAAAAUGGCCAUAAGUAGGUAGUUGUUCACGACACAGGCCUGAAGGUCACUGGUUCAAGUCUCACAAAAGGCCUUGUUGCACCCUUAGUCUAAGGUAUUUAAAUACCCAGGUACCUGUAUAAUAAUAUAAUUAUAGCUGUGAACAGCAAAAUUAUCAGCUGGUUAGGGUAAAAGCAUCAGCUAAACAACAAAAAAAUAAAUAAAAUUUUAAAUGUUUGCAACAACUAGAGGUGGCUGGGAUGACCAAGUCGUAUAUCUGAACAAUAAAAAGAACUUGCAUACUAACUGAAUUCAUAUAAUUCUGUAUACUUUUUAGAACAAAUAUAUGAAGAUAUUGACAGAAAAACUGAAACUCUUAGUAAAUGCUUCACUUGGGGGAAAAAAAAAAAAAGAGUAAAAUCAGUUCAUCGGUGUGACCCUGAGACGGCCUUUGAGAUUGAGACAGACAGACAGACAGGCAGGCAGACAGAUACAGUCCAGUGCUCAGCUACGAGUUUGUUCAAAUUCCGAGGAAUUGGUGGACAUUAUUUUUAUUACCUCCACAUACAGUGCCUUCCAGAAAUAUUGGCAGCCUUGGUAAAGUGAGCAAAAAAAAGCUAUAAAAAUGGACAAAAUUAAUCAAGGUUCAGGUUUUUUGAGGACUGUUUUUUUUUCCCCCUUUGAAUAAUUCAACCUCAGUGAAAGGUCAAUUACUCUCGUAAUUUGAGUGAGAUAACAAACAGCGAAAACUGUUUUGCUCAUCUUUACCGAGGGUUCCAGUAAUUCUGGAGGGCGCUGUACGUUGUAUUAGACCACUCUGAAGACUAUUUUUUAUUUGUGUGUAAUCAAUCAGUGAAGGUCUGAAUCACGAUUUAUGAAGCCUUUAAUAAGAAACGUGUGUUGCGGUGUGUUGUGGUAGGAGUGCACCGCUGUGCACCCAGCCCGCAUGAAGUGCAAUCCUCUACUUUGUGUUUCUUGAAGCUUGACCACUGUAAAAUUCCACUGGUAAAGUGACACUGUAAUUGUGAGUUUACACCACAGAUACCCUGAAAUGCUUCUUUAUUAGCGUGCCUCUUAUUUAAACUUUCAUGAUUUUCAUAUUUACUAGUAUGAACUGUAUAGAUGAUUUAAAAAAAAAAAAAAAAGAAAAAUCUGCUGUCAUGGUAAAUCGGUUUCAUUACCAGAACUAACUGAAGUGUCCUAAUUACCUUUUGGAUUUUUUUAUACACUUUUUGUAGCAUCUCUUUACCACGUGAUUAUUUCUAGAUUAUACCUUGAAGGCUUCGUGAUGCAUUUAAUGUAGUGUAUUGAAAGAAGGCCGUGUGUCAUCUGUCAAAGGUCAUUGUCCGUGGAUUUGAAAUUCUGAUCGUGUCAAGUUUUUUUUUUUUUUUUUUUUAUGAAGGCACUUGAGCAUCAUGAAGGAGGCUUUUUGUGGAGCGCUAAAGGCAAAUCAUACAAGAAACUGCUUAAAACAGACUUGAAAAUUGACAGUCAUUUCCGGUUGCUUGAUUAUUUUCCACCAGUUCUAUUGGUUUGUACUGUAAGGUCUGUUGCCCUGUUUUUACCCUCUAAAGUGUAAAGUAUUUUAAUAGGAAUUUUAAUUGAAUUAUACUGUAUGACUGUCCUGAAGAAAGUAGAAACUAAUGUGGAAUAGGGCCAGAUAAGAUGUUUUGCAUUGGAAUUUCUUAAAAGUUGACACUGUUUAAGGAAUGUGGAAUUUGUUAGACUGGUUUUCUGUGUUUAAUCUUUUUACAAAAAUAUAACAACGCUGUGCGUGAAA